UUGCAGCGUUGGGAGGAGCGCGCCCCGCGCCCGCCCCCGUUAGCGUCCCGCUCCCGUUGAGCCGCGCCGCCGCCGAGCGGAGUGCGGCCCCGUGAGUACUGCGGGAGCGGAGCCGGCGCGAUGGCUGGAGGCGGGCGGGACCGCGGGGAGGGAGAGCGACCCGCGCGAUGCGUUCUCGGCGAUGCUGCUCGCCGGCGCGUCCUUCCGAGGCCGCGCUAUUGAUGAGGCGCGGUGGAGCGGGACAAAGGAGAAGUGCCGCUCUUGGUGGUAGGUUACACUUCAAUAUAAAUCUAUAUACAUGUACAUCAGUACUCAGCCCAGCUUUCCUUCCCCCAGUGGAGAUUCAGUGUGAAGAACUGUUGCGUGCUGAGCCCUCCACCAGCACAAACAAAAGCCCUGGCUGCGGCUCCUAUGGGCUGAUUGUCUGUGCGAGCUUGGCUGAAAUACAGCACGUGUUUCACAAGGGUCUGGAAGGUGCUCGCUCUCUUCCAGGAUGGAUAUCGUGCCUGUUAAUUUGAAGCUCGUUUCCCAUUAACAGCUGUUCUUGAAACCGUUCAGCGUCACUAAGACUAGCAAACUCAAGUAGAAGUGAGAUGAGGGCAUGAAGAGCUGCUUGCAUGGCACAGAUGUGGCAGUGGCUCAUCUGGACCUCACCUGGCCUUCCCCUUGUGACUGGAAGAGUUUGACAGGAGCUCCUGAGGACAGCGAAGGAUCCUGGAGAUGAAGGUGUUUCUUGAACUCUUUGGCACAUCACACAGCUGUUGUGUUUGGGGUUAUCCUGCCUUAAUUCCUGGACAGAAAUCUUCCAACAGCCAAAAAUGACUUGAGUGGGAGAGCCACUGCUUUGUCUAACAGGACCAGCUUCCUGCCCUGUGCUAUCUGUCCCAUUUGGAUGCGCUGUACACUAUGGUUCACAUCAAUGUGCUGAAAAAAUUUAUGUGUGUUCUUGUGGUGAUACUGAUAGCUCUGACGGUUUGCCUGUGGAAAGAGACAAGAGGAAGCUACUACGUUCCUUUCAAGAACGAUGAUGCACAGGUUCACAGGACUUUGGAAAAAUGGAACCUACUUAAAUCACAGGGCCUUUUCCAUGAAGCUGCUGGUGAAAUGGGUCAGAUGGCCAAAGCUUUGCUCGACAACCAAAAUAAAGUGAAAGGCAGCACCUCUGGAGUAGUAGAGAAGUCCAAGAAAGCAGCAGAACAUGUGAAGGUAUGGGAUAAGGACAGCUCUUCCAGAAACCUCAUACCCAGGCUGCAGAAGGUCAGGAAGAACUACCUGUCCAUGAACAAGUACAACGUGACUUACAAUGGGAAGAGGAGCGCUGCUAAACUCAGCUCAGAGAAGCUGCUGUGCCAGCUGCGGGACAGGGUGAACGUGACCAUGAUACGGGGAUCAGAUGGUCCAUUUAAUUCCUCGGAAUGGCAGCGCUACCUGCCAGAGAAGAGCCUCAAUGAAACAGUGGGCCGCCUGGGUCGCUGUGCUGUUGUGUCCUCAGCAGGCUCUCUGAAAUCAUCUCAUUUGGGACCAGAGAUAGACAGCCAUGAUGCCGUCUUGCGGUUUAAUGGGGCUCCUGUCAAGGGAUUUCAAGAAGAUGUGGGGCAAAAAACAACAAUUCGCCUUGUUAACUCCCAGCUGGUCACCGUUGAGGAGCAGCAGUUCCUGAAGGAUGCGCUGUAUAACACUGGAAUCUUGAUUGUCUGGGAUCCAGCACCAUAUCAUGCAGAAAUUCAUGAGUGGUAUCGAAAACCAGACUACAAGUUUUUUGAAACCUACAAGUUGUAUCGUAUUAGACAUCCGGAGCAGCCCUUUUAUAUCCUGAAUCCAAAGAUGCAGUGGCAACUCUGGGAUAUUCUUCAGGAGAAUUCCCUGGAGCAUAUUCAGCCUAACCCACCGUCUUCAGGAAUGCUUGGCAUCGUGAUCAUGAUGACGCUCUGCGAUGAAGUGGAUGUGUAUGAAUUUCUCCCUUCUAAGCGGCAGACGGACAUUUGCCACUACUACCAGAAGUUUCACGACCGUGCCUGCACCAUGGGAGCUUACCACCCUCUCUUGUUUGAGAAAAACUUGGUGAAGCAUUUAAACCAAGGCACCGAUGAGGACAUCUAUACUCACGGGAAAGUUACUUUGCCCGGCUUCCGAAAUGUACAUUGCUAGCAAUCAAUUUUUAGUGUAUUUAGACUUCUUCCUUGACUGUCGAAGCACUUUUAAGAUCAGGGUUGUCAUAUUUGUUAGGUCUAAGCACUGGUGUGUUUUGACAGCUCUUCCACGUUGCAAUGCUUGCUCUUAGGACUCUUUGGCAUAGCUUCUCCAAACUGGAAGGCAGUGCAAUACAUUUCAGUACAUCCACGCAGUGUCUGUGUGAGCCUCUGCAAUAAAUGUCCUCCUCACGGAGCUGGGCUCAUGCAUCCGCUGGAUAUCUGUCUUCAGCUCAACUGAUGAUGGUUCAUCCCAACUGAUGAUGCUGUAUGGGAAACACAGGAGAUGCUUUCUAAGCAGAGAUUGCACAGGUCUGAAUCAAGUGCUGAUAAAGUUCAGUUUGCUUCAAAGGGGUUCUGAAACUGAAAACCUGAUCUGCUGAGAAACAAGAAACAUUCUUUAACGCUUGUUCCCAUCAUCCUAGAGCUCUCUGGAGCAGUGAUUUAUGGAAUCACUAUCAAAGCUGGGUACUGAUAAGCUCAACUCCUGGUCCAAAAUAUUUGAUUUUACCGUUAAAAUAAACAAGGCAAAGUCCUUUCGAAAUGUAAGGCUUUUAAAUCAUUCGGGUGGCAUUUUUGGCAAAUGAGAAGGGAGGCAAUUCACAAUUCAGUAAUUUCUGCAAGAUAUUUUUAGGCAUUUUAGUGGAGUUUUUUAAAAAUAAUUUUAAGCAAGCUUUUUUUGUCCGUUUACUUCUGCAGUACAGUGUCAUGUUUGGUACAAAAGAAGCCUUAUUUUGAAAAUGUUUUGGUGGUGGUGUAGAAAGGCACAGAUGGGAAAACUCACUGGAAGCUGGUACUUCUUUCCAACUCUCUGCUAAUCUACCUCUGUAAUUAUUGGCAAAUUGUUUUCUGUCUUGUCUCCAGUAACAAAAAAGCCACAUAGCAGCUGGGCAGAUGAGAUGUAGCUCUCUUCAAGCUAACCAGAGUGAUCUCAUCACUGUUGUGUGCUUUCUGAAAGCAUGGGGGGCAGAUCCAUCACCUCCAUUCUUAACAACAGCGGGGAAGGGGAGUGUGCUCUGCUCCCCAUGCUGAAACACAGGCAGAAGGGAGCAGGGCGCCUUUUCCCUCUCAUGGAGCCUCAUGAUGGAAGCAGCAGCUCCGCAUCUCUGUGCGUCAAUGAGAACACCUUUUGAGUCCUUUUCCAUGCUGAUGUAUUUUGUGGUGUCUGUAAAGAAAACUUUUUCUUCUCCUGUUUUGAAUAAAUCCUGUGAAGUCACUGGCCCGUUCUUA